AUGGUCAAACACUUUUCAGAGAAGGGCUAGAAAAAUGCUUUGAAAAAUGAGAUGGGCUUUAAUGAUGAUAAUAAGUUGCCCAGAGAUGACAUGGAUAGAGGCAAGUACCAAAUGCGUUAUGAAACUAAGGAGAGUUUUGCUAGCAGGUAGAAGGAUGGAAAGAUCUAAUCAUUUGAACCUGGUACGCCUUAGGAAGGCUCUGAGGUAGUUGAAGUUUGGAAUACACCAGAGUACAUAAAGAUCUACGCUGAGACUGAUACUACUUUAGAUACCUUUAAGUAAAACCUCAAGGAGUUUUGCCAUUACUAUCAGAUUCCAUUCUAAGAAAAUAACAUCCCCAAGACCUGCACCAACUCAGCUAAAAUCCUCUAUAGAAUGCUAGAUGAUAAAAAGAGGCCUAACUAAAAGUUCAAUGAGAUAGUUUAGUAUCUAAAGAGUAUACCUAAGACUGAGAUUGAUGAGACCUUCAACCCCUUCAGAUUGAAGGAGAAGUGGAUGAAGUUCUUUAGAAGUGGCUACUAAAGAGUGCUGGUUGACACAGACAGAGCUCUGAAGAAUGAACUUAAUGAUUCUCUAAAGCAGUUCUUCAAAGAUCAGAGAAGGUAAAUGAAUGAUAAGUAACAGAUAAAGUCGAUUUUCAUCUUGAAUAAGGCUUUCGACUACAAAUCUCUCAAGGAGAAAGAUGCAAUAAUGACUGCUCUAAUGAUCAAUAUUACUCAUGGGAAAUUUGAGUUCAAGAAAGGUAAUACCUUGGCAGCCUUUGCCGAGGCUAUGGAUUUAAAUAUGAGAGGACUAUUUUCUGAUUUACCAAAGCCCCAGUACCAGCUAAUGACAGGAGAAGAUGUUUACCAUCCAAAUACUGACUACAUUAACUACUCCUCAUUAGGUUCAAACUCAGAAAAUUACUUCAAGCUCUUAAAAGCUUGUUCAAAGCUUAUACCCUUUUAUUAAUACUAUUUCGAUUUCUAUCUUCCUUCCAAGAAAGCUGUAGUUAUGGCACUAUUUAGCAAAGUAAGAAUUUAUGAUGAGUAAUUGUAUUCCAAUUUCACUAAAACUCUUGAGCAUAUAAUUGCUAAUACCACAGACAACGAAACCAUAUUCUUAGAUAGUAAAUAGCAACAACAAAUGAAAUUGAGUAUAAAAAAUGCAGAAUAGGGAAAUCUUGGCAACCUUGUGAACUCUUAACUCUUCUAAAAUCUUUAGAAAAAUAUUAAAACAAUGAGCAUUACACAGAACCCUAUAAACAAUGAAGAAAUAGAUAGAUUUUACGAUAUUUUUGAAGUCUUAGAGUUCCAUGCUUAAGAGCAAAUGCUUAAAAAGGGUAAGAACAUUACUGGAAUUCCUGAGACUCACAAUAUGUCGCAAGAGUCUCUUGAGAAGUUGCUAGUUUUGCUUUUAAAUAGGAUAAAGCAGGACAGGUACUUCACUUUACUUUAAGAUACCUAGCCGCAGUGCUAUAGGUUUAACCUGAAGCUUAAAUACCUUUUAAACCCACAUCAAAAGAAAAUUUACUACAAUUCGAUUGUCUAAAAUAUUUUAGAGGAGGCAUAGGAUAAAAAGAAUGUGAGUCCCUUUGCUAUUUUAUCAAUCCUAAAAUCUUAAGUAGAGUAGGAGUACUUAACAAGAUAAAACUUAAUAAGCGUUCUUUCACUCGCUUAAAAACUGUUGAUUGAGUAAUAUGACACUCAUUACGAAAGUUUGAUAAUCAAAGAGUCAAUGUUUAUGAGUAUGUAAAUGGUUGGAACUCAGGCAUAUGAUGAGAAUGAGUACUUAGUAGAUGAAAUUAUUAAGUACAGAGAGGCUUUCGAGAUGUUUAUUCAGCAAGUAACAGGAAACAAUCAAGAGCUGAUGGUGGAAGCUGGAGGCCUCUUACCUGAGUUCUAUCAUAUUUAUGCUAAGAUGUUUACCUUGAAUCAAGUGGUGGAGAAGUUCCUAAAUUAAUUGGUCUAAGAGCCAGAGGCGGCUGAAACAGAAUUAAACAAGGAACUUUCAAAAGAUUAUUUUGAGCAAGUAUCAAAUGAUAUGGACUCCUUAACAUUCUUUCCCUUUUAAAAAAAGUAAUGGUUCCUCUCAAGAAACUUGCUUAACCAUACAUUUAUUGAUGGCGCACCAUAGCAGCUCAAGCAUUAACUGCUUAAUCUUAGAAAUAUUAACUAUGAUCCUGUUUAGCCAUUAGUCAAACUUAGGAAUUAAUUCUUCAUUACAUACAAAACAUUUUUGAGACACAAUGCUCAGGCAGAGCAUAGCUAUAUUAUCAAUAAUUAGAGCUACUACGAUUAAUUUAGAGAUUAAUUGAGGGAAAUGCCAAUACCAAUGGACAAAGGAAAUUCUUUGAUGGUCGAAGAUGAUCAAGCACUCCAGCAGUCUGAAAAGAAUCAGCAGGACUUACUAAUUGAAGAGCUGUUCAAAGAAGAUUAAGACUUGAAGAUGAAGCUAGCUACUUAAUAUGAUAUGCUGAGCUUUGUUGGGUCAGAUAUUGACGAAAUAAAGAUGGAUCAUUUAACAUUCUUCAAGAUAUUUAAUAGACUCUGGGGAGGGGUAUCUGACAACAAUGCUUACAAUAAUAAGGAGACAUUUGAAUUGAUUGAGUAUGAAAAAGUAUUGGAAACAGACCCUGCAGUAUAAUCCCUAUUUAAAAAUUUAGACUUUAACGAUGAAAACCAUACAAUACUCAACAUGAAGCUUCCUUACUAGCAUAAAAAUUAACUAAAAAGUCUGGCUCAUUUCAAGUUACUUAGUUAAGAUCUCGAUGCUUUAGUUUCAGAAUGUUUGCUCUAAUUGCAGAAUAAUUUGACAGAUGGAGACGGUUCAUAAUUACUAACCCUUAGUCCACAUCUAAUUUCAAAAAUACUAUAAGAUGUGUUCUCCUGCUUGCAAAAUAAGCAUUUAUUCGCUUUGCUGAUAUCAAGUGAUAUAGAACUAUACUAGAAACUACAAAAGCUAGACUUCAUUCUAAAAAAUCAUGACAAUCCGACCGUUGUCAAAAAAAUUAAAGGCAAGACUGGUAAGAAACUAGUUUAGUCAGGCUUUGACGAGAAAAAAAGCUAUAUUGUUACUCCCAUUGAUGUCAGAGAUUCUGUAUUAAAAGAUGAUUAAGGAAAGUAUGAUAAGGAGAUAUUUGGGAAUUUCAAUAAGUACUAUUUCUCAAAGUAUGUGGAUGAAACAAUCCCAUAUCGUGAAGAAGCAUAGCAGCAAUUAUAAGAAAAGAGACAAGUUCUUGAGUAGAAUGUGAACUCCCUGAAUAAGAUUUACUAAGACAUCGUGGAAUAGCUAGACUAGCCAGGCAACAAAACACUCCGCUAGAAUCAUUUAAGCAAGGAAGAACAGCCUGCUGUCGACAUUGGCUUGACCCCAUUCUUCACCUACAUUGACCAGUUCUCAAACAUGAUUUUAAACAGCUAUUCCUCAUCACAGAUCAAUUAAAUCAUCACUAAUUUAGGUGUAGAUGGAGGGGCAACUGUGGUGACUGGCAACGACAAGUAUCUCAAUGACCUUCUUCAGCACGACUACACAGACCUAGAUCAGCUAGACCCUGUAACAGAACAGCCGCCUCAAAGUAUUUUAGUGGAUAUGGAGUUAAAGAACUAUGACACUAACGCUAAGCAGUUGCUCAAAUAAUUCAACACCAUGGUUCUUAAGUCUGGACUGAUGCGAAGCUUCUUAGAGAAAACUGACUAAAGCAAUGCACAAAGUAUUACCAGUGACAAGAGAUUAGACCUUAUCAAAACCAUAGUAGAAAAGAAAGGGGCUUAAACUUUUAGUGCAAACAUCUCUGCAAUCAAUAUUAAUACGCCUGCCUAAGUACUAAAUGACUUAGUCAUAUUCCCUCACUGUAUGGAUUAUCACGUUGAAAUAGCUGGCAAAAAUGAGAUCAUUAAGCUAGAGCCUAGCUUGCUAAGGGACCCAGUCGAUUCAGUGCUCAGAGAGGCCAAAGUUAAACACCAGUUUGGAAAGUUCACUGCCUACUAGGAGGUAGACUUCUCCAAGAUCAAGCUGGAGCACAUAGUAUGA